GACGCCCCUGUAAUGUGGUUCAUAGUAAAAGAAGAUUAAACAUAUACCUCUUAUAUCUAAAUCCGCUUGAUCAGAAUCAAAAUACGGCAUUUUCCAAUUUUAUAUUUCCCACCGGAUGUAAGUGGGGAUUUCAUUACCCACAAUGCAACAAAGCGGAAGUGAAAAUUUUCCAGAAAAACAAAUGAGACACGAAUGGCUAGUUAUAAAAAUGCUGUUUAGACACAGUUAUAUAAGGUAUCACUCCAAUAUAACAAUGCGGAGUAGAGAUAGGAUCCCAUUUUCUAUUUUGAUCAUAAGUAUAAACGUUCUUCUGAAUCCAUUUCUGCAAAUUGUUGAUGCAAAGGAGAGCAGUGGAAGAUUCUUAAAAGUGACUGAGCAAAUGUUAGGUAACCUGAACACCUUUCAAAGGAAUUAUGGUGUUGCAGUUUCUGAUGUUGACAAUGAUGGAGAGUUGGAUUUCAUUGUUGCUGGCUUUUCUGGACGGAAUUUUGUAUUGAAAUAUAAUACAACAACAAGCCAGUUGGACAAUAUCGCUCAGCCGGGUACUCCAUUUGAAAAUCUCAUGGAUGUGAAAGGACAAGCUAUUGGUGUAUGUGCCUGUGACAUAGAUGGAGAUGGGCGAGAAGAGAUAUACUUUUUAAAUACAAAUCAAGCAUACGCUGGAGUCUCUAGCUAUGGUGAUAAACUAUUCAAAUGGAGUGAUAAUCAGUAUAUUGACCUAUAUGAAGACCCAGUGAAUCGUAACAUGAGUGUGCAGAACUAUGCUGGUAGAUCCGUAGCUUGUAUUGAUCGCAAUGGAGAUGGGACAUAUGGUAUAGCUGUUGCAACAUACUCUCAAAAUGGGCAGGGAAACUUUGCAUUUGUUGAGGUAGACAGCAAGCGUAAAAACACACAGAAUGAUGGCAUACCCUUGAGGGAUAUUGCGAAGGAAAUAGGCAUUGAUAUUUCAACUGGUGGAAGAGCUAUUGCAGUUGGUCCUAUUGUGGGCCAAGAUGGAAAAUCAGAUAUAUUCUUUGGAAAUGAAGGCAACAGACAUUUAGGAAAUUCUGGAAAGAACUGUCUGUUCAAAAAUAUUGGCAAUGGUAGCUUUGCAGAUAUCGCUACUAUAUCAGGUGUCAGCGAUGUAACUGAAGCAGUUAGAGGGAUUGCUUUGGCUGAUUUAAACCGUGACAAACAACUUGAUAUUGUGUAUGGAAAUUGGAUUGGAUCUCAUAGAAUAUAUAUUCAAACAACUACAGGUGGUGACAUUAACUUUAAAAAUAUUGCAGAGGGUGACUAUGAGAAGCAGAGUGCAAUUCGCACCGUAUUAGCUACUGACUUUAAUAAUGAUGGAAUCACAGAGAUAUUUAUGAAUAACAUUAAGAGCUACAAUACUCCUCAACCUAAUAAACUAUUUGAUGUGAUUCUUGAUAGACUUGAUAAAAACAGCAUUGAUAUUAAAAGCAUUGAUGUUGGUGAUGCAGAGGAGGCACAAGGGUUUGGCACAGGUGGAGCAUAUACUGAUGUAGAUAAUGAUGGGAUACUUGAACUGCUUUUAUCUCAUGGUGAAAGCAAUGCUCAGCCUUUAGAAAUAUACAAGGCAAAAGACACAGAAAACAAUAGGUGGAUCAGAGUUCGUCCUUACACAAAGUUUGGAGCACCUGCUAGAGGAGCAACUGUGACUCUCAAGAGCACAGAAGGUGAAGAACAUUUACAAGUGAUCGAUGGGGGUAGCGGGUAUCUCUGUCAAAUGGAGCCUGUUGCACAUUUUGGAUUAGGCACCACAAUAGAGCCAUUGAUGAUCACAGUACAAUGGCAGGAUGGAGAGACAGUUAAACUUAAACAACUUGACCACUCUAGUAUUAACAAAGUUCACCAUGUUAAACAUCCAUUUCAUAAACCAAGCAGUCACAUUAAGAUUGUCAAUGCGACAUUCACAACAGAAGUGAAACAUGAAGAACUGUAGUCAUAUUAUGACUUUUUGAGAAAUACUGUUCUGUUUUUUACCAUAUACAUUUUUUGAGGCAAGAUAUUUUCACAUAUUCUCAUGAGGAUGCUAUUUUUGCCUAUUAAAUGAUUAAUGGAAUUUUAACAGCAUCUUAACAUACCACAAAAACAUAUCAGUCACACAGGCAAGAGUCAGAGAGUCUUAGUUUAUUCAAAGGAUGUUUGACUCCAGUCUGUGAAUGCUGGUUUCUAGUUUAAUGAACAGCAUUACGAUUAUUAUUCAUAAUUGCUAUUGUAAUUUUAUUGUGUGUACUGUAAAUAAAUUAUAAGGGAAACUAUAAACACAUUGUGC